AUGUCCUCUUUGCUGCGUCCUCAGUUCUUCUGUACCCGCCCCAAUGGCACUCUCACCCCUGUUAUUGCAGUUGAUGAGCUCCCCGCCCAUCUUUCCAUUCGUGGCGCACCUCGUGUGUUAUCUCCAAACGAGACACAAGGUAUGACAAGCUUGGGAACUGUGACCCAGCGCGGCCAGUUAUACACUGUUGAAGGCGCUGUCGCUAUUGCGAGUCGUCCCUCGUCUGCUGGCGGCACGAACCACCGCUCCCGAAACCAUGACCUGCAGUCUUCGCUCAUGAGGAUCCUCGCCGACGAAAAUAUACCCUAUAACCAGCGCAUGGCACUUAGCGUACUGCUUCAACACGGAUUUUCUCAGAACUGGCAGGUAACCAAUCCUCCCGCCCCUGGCUGGCUGGUUCCCAACAACGGUGGUACUAGUCCUGGAAGUGGAAGCGGCCACCAGUCCCAUUUCCGUAACGUGAAGAAGGAGUAUUGCUCCUACUGGAUACGCCAUGGUGAAUGUGACUAUCAGCAACAAGGAUGCCUUUACAAACACGAGAUGCCCCAUGAUCGCUCUAUGCUGGAGAAGCUUGGUCUACGAGACAUUCCUCGCUGGUAUCGUGAGAAACACAACAUACCGAGUAUCUUGCCAAACGGACAUGGCCAUCCCCGCCCUCAUACCUCGAAUGGUCACUCUUGGAAGGAUGAUUCCGCUCUGAAAUCAAUCCAAUAUUCUACCCAGCUGGGAAUGAACGCAACUGGCGAGCCUUCCAACGUUGAGAAAGUUACCAAACAGAAGCCCGCAGCCUAUCUCCCCACACAGCAGCGUCAGCAGGAAACUUCCCUGCCUGGAGCUUCCCAGAUGGCGUUCCGUCCUAUGAGCUCACCUACUGCUCAGUUUCCUCAAGCGCAGACACCUACAACAUCCCCUGGGCAACUAAACACUGGAAACAAGAAGAUCGAUCUUCUUUCCUUGGUCCAUGGAGAUUACAUGCCAAACAAUAACUUGCUCUACCGUCCGUCCGAGACCGGCUUUGAUACAUAUGGAAACUCUCUUCAUGACGACCUAGUUCGCAGUCUCCAGUCUCUUACCGAUACCCCCAAUCUCACGGGUGCAGACUAUUUUACAGGUCCAUUUGACUCCACUGUAGGUUGUGGCCGCCUCAAGAAUACACAGAGGUCACGCCGGUUGUACCAGGGAACGCAGGGCGCCAUACCUGACAGUGUCCAGGGACCGACUAGCACUGACUCCUUGCAUGGCUUCCAUAACCAGGCCACAGCAUCGUCUAGUGGCGCCUCCCCGACGUCUAAGACCACUGGUUCCCAGCUUGCCAGCCCAAUGGCAGACGGUGCUUGCGGAAGUACUACAUCGGAGCCCCCCACUCGUGGUCAAUCUCCUACUUCUCUGUCUUCCGGCCCUAGCCCUGGUGUUUUCCGAGGUUGUGGAAAAGAAAAAGGACACAGAAAGGCCUUCGGUGCAACCGGAACUAAGAGGCACUACAGAAAACGAUCCGUAUCCGAAGAUGACGACAUGUUCUUCCACGGAAGGAAGUAA